AUGCAAACAAGGAAUAGAAAAGUAUUGAGUUGCGACAGGUGUCGUCGAAGAAAAAUUAAAUGUGACAGAUUACAGCCUUGUAAAACAUGCCAUCGGUUAAAAAGAGAAUGUCUGUACACGUUGGCAAUAGAGUCAAUGGAAGCCGCCAAAUCAAAAUCUCGACAAACCACUACCGAGUCCACUGGGCUUGCCGAAAUACCGCCAACAAAUUCAGGUGCUGUACCUACUGCUGGACAAUGGGGAGAGUGGAGAUCAGCGAACAAUGUGCCACCAGUAUCUUUUAAAAGCUCCAACUCCUCGGGUGACACAAAUAUUGCUCAACCAGUCUCCUUCCAAGAAAAUGAGCACGGGUUGAGUCCUGAUUUAAGCGAAGUGCUUUUGCUUAAACAAAGAAUACAAGAACUAGAGAUUCAAUUAAAGACCGAGCAAUCGUCCAAUAAGAACAGACCGAAUUCAAUUCCCGCUACUACAUGGCCAAGAACAACACAGCCAAAAUCUGGUCAGACAAAUUUUACUUACAGUUUUACAGACGGUAAACCUUUGCUUUUAUCAGAUAGACCCUUCCCAUACAUGCUCUUGAUGAGACGUGAAGGGGGUUCUAAAUUGUUAUAUAAUCUUUUGGCUCGAGAUGGCAAGAAAGAUGGUCAUUUGCUUACAUCAUCCUUAAUGCUUUGUGAACUCAAUACAGUUAGAUUAGGAGAGGUUAAAGAGAAAGCUCGAAUGGUACUCGGCGAAUAUUACAUUCCACGUCCAGGAGAAGAAACUUUAAACACUGAGGAAUUGAAAAAGAGGAUUGCUUCGAAUCAUUAUGGAUUACAAUUCACUACCCCCGAUGUGGACUGGAGAGAUCCAAUUGCUUGUUACUUUAGUUUAAUACCACCAGCAUGGGUAUGUAAGAAAUUGCUUGAUCUCUGGUUCAAAGAGAUUUACGUAUUCAUGCCAAUCAUUGAUGAACAGGAUUUUAGGUCAGCAUUGAGUAGAAUUUUGGGGCCCCAACUUAACGAUGACUACAUCAAUACGUUUCCAAAUGUCGAUUCAUCUGACGACUUGGCGAUUUUAGUAAUGCAUUUGAUUAUACUAAGAGCGACAUAUUUGUCUUUGUGGGACUUGAACGGGAACAGCAUCUCACCACUAAGUCAGUAUACUGUGACGUAUGACGCUGUAAGAGCAGCAGAGACAAUUAUGAAAGAGUUUGAUUUCACCUGUCGGCAGAGCUUGACUGUUGUUCAAGCAGGGCUAAUGUUUAGAUCCUACGUAAUAGUUGCACCCGAAGCUUAUUUGACCGGAAGUGCCGCACAGAUGAAACUGGGUCCAAUUGUUCAACUCUGCUAUGCUCUAGGGUUAAAUAGAGAUCCAUCUUGCUUCAAAGAUCAGUCUCCAAAAAUGCAAAACUUGCGUCGAAAGAUAUGGCACUAUGUUGUUCGAAUGGAUGUUGCUUGCUCGGCAAUUUUUGGAACUGUUUUGUCAACGGAUGUCAAUACAUAUGACUGUCCCUUACCUGAAUUCCUGGUUGAUACCGCAAACUGCUAUGAUCUCAAAUUGGAACAAGCUAUUAUUGAUACUUUUCAUCAAUCAAACAAUGUGUACCUAAUGUGCAGAAAAUUGGCAGAUUACCAUUUAAUUGCUAGUGAUACUUUCCAAGUGGAGCAAGUGGUUAGGAUACUUGAAGGCUUGGAGGCGAUAUUAGCCAAAACGUGUGGCAAUGUAAAGCCAUUAUUUAAUCAACCACUUGUUGAUGGCAUUGGUAUUUUCACGAUGCAAGUUUACAUGGAAAUAAAGCUUUUCAUGGCUUAUACAUACUAUUGUUUACAUUUGUAUCACGAAAGCGAAGAAAAUCAUCUUUUGCUGUCUAAAUACUUUAUCAAAACGACAACGAUUUUAUUACAAGAUUUGGGUGAUUUAAACACAUAUAUAUUCCUGAGUGCCAAUACGAGUACCAAUGUAUUACUCGCGGCUAAAUUGACAGAGUUUUAUUUGCAUUUCAAUUUGAUGGUGUUUACAGGUAUCCGAUUGAGGUUGAAGUGUUAUAUGCAACUAAAAUCAUUCAAUGAGGAGAAUGGAGGAGAAAAGAGCCUUGAAAAUGAAAUACUUCUCAAGCUAGAAAAUCAGUUGAAGGUGUAUACCCAUGCACAAGCGAUAAAACUUGGAGAAUUAGGAAAGAAGUAUAGGUAUUCCUUAAUGUUGAGAGGAAUGCAUAUGAUCACCAUAAAAUUGUGUGAUCAGUUCCAAUACUUGUAUGAUGCCAACGAUUCGCAGUCAAUUAGAGAAGCUGCAAUCAAAUUGCCACUUGAAGUUUUGCAAAAAUUUAGUCAAAAGCUAGAUGUUUACCAAUUGUCAAAGACUGAAGAACUAUUUGAUUUUAGUGAUGAAGGCUUGAUUGUUGAAAUGGGUAGACAAAAUUUAUGGGAUCAAUUGAAAAUGAUCGAAACUGAAGAGACAGUAACUAGUACAUGGAUUGAAAAGACCAAGAAAUUUAACAAGUUUGCUGAGGAUAUGAAACUAGGACUUAAUUACAAUCUCGGAUUUGAUCUACCGACCAUUGGAUUGAAUCUAUUCUCAAGCUGA